AAAGGGAUAGGAUAGAGAGUGGGAUGGGGUCUGUAGGGGUCUCGAGGACUGGCUAUCCUGACAUCCUUCCCCGUGUUCAGGUUGGCCACCAUGAUGUGCUGCCAGAGGGCACCCACCUGCUCCUUAAAGAGAGGACAAGUUGGGUGGUAUCUCUGGCCGACACUCUGUGCACAACUCUUACGAUGCUGGUAACGGUGAGAAGGGAAAGAUGACAAGCCAGGGGGCAUGAUCCCAGCAUGUGUGGGAGGAGCUUCUAAAUUAGCCAUUAGCACAGGUACAUCAGUGGCCCCAUGCGUAAACGUACAGAGAAAUAGGUGGGGUCAAGCAGCAAGAGAUAAGGGGCCAGGGUAUAAAAAGGGCCCACAAGAGACCAGCUCCAGGAUCCCAAGGCCCGACUCCCUGAAACACUUAGAGUCCUGCGGACAGCUCACCUAGCUGCAAUGGCUGCAGGCUCCUGGACAUGCCUAAUUCUGGCUAUUGCCCUGCUCUGCCUACCUUGGCUUCAAGAGGGCAGUGCCUUCCCAACCAUUCCCUUAUCCUGGCUUUUUAACACCGCUGUGCUCCGCGCCCAUCACCUGCACAAGCUGGCAUCUGACACGUACCCGAAGUUUGAAGAAGCCUAUAUCCCAAAGGAACAGAAGUAUUCAUUCCUGCGCAACCCCCAGACCUCUCUCUGCUUCUCAGAGUCUAUUCCGACACCCUCCAACAAGGAGGAAACACAGCAGAAAUCCGUGAGUGGAUGCCUUCUCCCCCAGGCAGGGAUGGGGGAGGCCUGUGGUCAGAGCCCCCGGGCAGCACAGCAACCGCUGGUCCUUCCUCUGCAGAACCUAGAGCUGCUCCACAUCUCCCUGCUGCUCAUCCAGUCGUGGCUGGAGCCCGUGCAGUGCCUCAGGAGUGUGUUUACCAACAACCUGGUGUAUGGCACCUCGAACUUCAACGUCUAUCUCUACCUAAAGAACCUAGAGGAAGGCAUCCAAACGCUGAUGGGGAGGCUGGAAGACGGCAGCCCCCGGACUGGGCAGAUCUUCAAGCAGACCUACAGCAAGUUUGACACAAACUCGCACAACGAUGACACACUGCUCAAGAACUACAGGCUGCUCUACUGCUUCAGGAAGGACAUGAACAAGGUCGAGACAUUCCUGCGCACCGUGCGGUGCCGCGCUGUGGAGGGCAGCUGUGGCUUCUAGAUGCCUGGGUGGCAUCCCUUGUGACCCCUCCCAAUUGCCACUCCUGGCCAUGGAAGGUGCCACUCCAGUGUCCAACAGCCUUGUCCUAAUAAAAUUAAGUUGCAUCAUUU